UCGCAAAGCAGCCAAGUUUCGUAGUCAUUUCACAAGCAUGCGUAACGAUCAUCUUUUACCUUAGGGGUGCUUGAAAGAAUGAAGCAGUACUUUUCAUAUUAGUCAAUGACAUGGAUAUUUCAGCAUCAGGUUAUAAAGAUUUUUUAUGGGCAGUGGAAGUACAACGCUUCAUUAUGGAACUGAUUGGGUUGUGGCCUAAAACCGACAAAUUUACUAAAAGCAAUUUGUUGAGAAAACUUCAUGCAGGCAUUGUUUUAAUUUUAUUUAUAUUUGUUUCUAAUAUCCCGGCGAUAUAUGCGUGUAUACAAGUUUGGGGCAAUAUGGUACGUUUAAUAAGUAAUUUACAAACGACAAUACCUCUUCUAAUGAUAACAGCGAAGUAUGUUAUCAUGUUAUACAAGCAAACAGUUUUCUUAUCGAUUGUGAAUAUGAUGGAGGAAGAUUGGAUAGCAUUUAAAUUGGAUGCAGAAAGAGCAGUGAUGAUAAGACGAGCACAUACUGCUCGAUUUAUCAUGAAAUUUGGACAUGCUUUUAUGGCUGUAUCGAUACUCAUAGAUAUCAUUCCUAUUUAUUUUGGCAUACAAAUAUCGAAUCUGACGAAUUUUACGAAUCGCAAACCGUUACCGCUGAUGACUUAUCACUUCUACGAUACAAAUAAAAGUCUGCAGUUUGAAUUGGCAUUAUUCUUUCAAAUCUUAACGCUCUUGGUAGGAGGUUACACUCAAAUAUCUGUAGAUGUUUCUUUAGUACUAAUAAUUCUUCACAUUUGUGGCCAGUUAGAGAACUUUAGAUACCAAUUAAUCAGAUUGGUCUCGUGCAAGGAUUUCAACAUAACUUUAAAUGACAUCAUAGCAAGACAUUUACGAUUAAUCAGAUUUGCUAACAAUAUUGAAAAUACUUAUUCUUUAAUGCUGUUAAUGAUGGUACUUCAUUUUGGUAUCAUAUUUUGCCUAAGCGGCUUUUUAUGCGUUAUUAUGCUUACUGACAGAGAAAUAGAUGGAACUAAAGCAGCAGUAUGCUACUCAAUAUUGGUUAUUCUUGUCUUCUUGGUGAAUACUUUUCUCUAUUGUGGUGCAGGAGAUCUCAUGAUGGAACAGAUAUUUAAGAAGGGAGAAAUGAAUAAGGAUAUUGUUAUGGAAAUAUGUUUCGUGAUAUAUAUUCUUAUUAGUUUAUUGAUGAAUACAUUCGUUUAUUGUGGUGCAGGAGAAAUGGUGGUGGAACAAUCCAAUGCAGUAUAUCGUGCUAUAUGCGACCUAGAAUGGUAUAAAUUGGAAUCUCAGAAGGCGAGAAAUCUUAUUUUAUUAAUGAUACGAACCAAUCAUCCUUUUCACAUCACUGCCGGAAAAAUUAUUCCAUUAACAAUUGCCACUUUUUGCAGCAUAUUAAAAACAUCAUGCGGUUAUAUAUCUUUUUUACUGGCAAAGCGUUGAAGAUUACCAUGUUGUGAUGUACGUACAAUAAAUCGAGUUAACACAUUAAUAGCGAAAAGGAAUAUCCAUUAAAACACAAAAACUACGUUGAAGUGAAUUAUUCACAAAAUAAAAUCAUAAUGUAAAAGUCACACAAGCACUCUAUAAAUUAUCUAAUCGUACUAUACCUUGAGGUAGACCGACAAUAAAACUAAAAUUAAACAGGUCUACCCUAUGCCAUCCAAAACAAAUAUGGAAUGCACAUGAUGCGGUAUUUAAAGUGCAGUAUUAUUGGUUUGGUUAUCCGUUUAGUCUGAAAUCCAUGUUAGUAUCCAUAAUAGUACUUGUUAAGUCGAGGUGUUAGGUACUCAUGAAGGACAUGGAUGUAUCUGCAAUAAAAUAAUUAUGAAUAGAUGCAAUUGUAUUUAGUAUUUCUUAUGGUAGGAACAAACUUUUGUUUUGCUUCUUAGUAUUUGCUGUCUACUGUAAUUUUAUUAAGUAUUUUACAAUACAUUUUGUAUACUUUAUAAAGUGUAGUUUAUAUUCUUUUAUGUUGUUUAAAAUAUAAUCACACGAAUUAUAUGAAGAAUAAAGAAUUACAAAUUACGUGCUUUGAUCUGCUGAAUAGUUAUAAGAUUGCAUUCACUCGUGUAACGA